AUGAUCUUCGCGAACAAGCCGGUGGAACUUCCAAUAAAGAAUGUGCAAUUGCAGGAGUCACUCGCCAUCAGUCCGGAGAAGAACAUAUCCGUGAUGAAAUGGAAGUGCAACGAGUACUGGCCAGCGAGUACCAUCUUCAUGGAUGGUAACGAACGGGAAAAAGUCACUACUUAUUUAUAUCUCGGUCAUCUAAUUAGCUCUAACAGCCAAAUCAACGGCGAGAUCAUCCGAAGGAGAACAAGCGGCAUGGGCAAGUUUCAAUCACAUCAAAACAUCGUUGCUAGAGAGCGAACUGCCCAUGUCCACGAAAGAAACUGUUUCGUUUCCGCCGUCCUGUCAGCCAUGAUUUUUGGUGCGGUGCGUUGGUCUAUCACACACGCUAAGGGAAAGAAGCAUCAAUGGUGA